AUGGCCGAGUUUGCAAACAUUGAGACAAGGCUCUUCAUUAAUGGAGAGUUUACACCCUCCAUUCGAGGCAAGGUCUUCAAGUUGAUCAAUCCGGCCACGGACAAGUUGACUGCAGAGAUUUAUGAAGGUGGGGCGGAAGACGUGGACUUGGCUGUUCAGAGCGCUAAAAAUGCGUUUCCUGCAUGGGCUCAGGCUGAAGCUUCCCACCUUCAGUGUAUACUACAAAAACUUGCGGAUUUGGUAGAACAACAUGCUGCUUAUUUUGCUUAUCUCGAUGCAAUAUCUAUGGGGAAGCCCUUGUCGACAUACAUAGAUCAUACCUUAGCAGUGGCAACAAUACGGUACUUUGCCGGGAAAGCGUACGAUGUCCACGGCAUCACAUCUCUUGGCUCAAAAGACCACCUCAACAUUUCCUUACGACAGCCUUACGGAGUUACAGGCGCCAUUAUCCCUUGGAAUGUCCCUCUAGUCAUGCUUGCCUUCAAAGUUGCGCCGGCUCUAAUGACUGGCAAUACAAUGGUUUUGAAAUCGUCUGAAAGGGCCCCUCUCAGUCCCCUGUUAUUUGCGCGCCUUGCAAAAGAGGCAGGGCUACCACCUGGUGUCCUGAAUGUGCUUUCAGGAUUUGGAAAUCCAUGUGGAGACGCCAUUGCUCGUCAUAUGGAAAUUCGGAAAAUCUCUUUCACUGGCAGUCACGCUACUGGCAAAAUUGUCCAACGAGCUGCAGCCGAAUCAAAUCUGAAGGUAUGCACGCUGGAACUCGGAGGGAAGAGUCCUCUGAUUGUAUUUGAGGAUGCAGAUCUGGAAAAGGCAGCAGCAGCGGCCGCGUUUAGCAUUACGUUCAACUCUGGUCAGAUUUGUAUGGCAUGCACGAGAGUCUACGUGCAUACAAGUGUGGCUAAUCGCUUCAUUGAACUUUACAAAGCCAACAUUUUGAAGAUUAUGGGAAAGAUUGGGGAUCCCCUUGAGACUACUACCACUUUUGGACCCCAGGCGGACAGACAACAAUACGAUAACAUUUCGAAGGUACUUCAAAAAGCAGCAGAUGAUGGCCUUGAAUUUAUUCUAGGGGGACGUCCCCUGGAAGGAAAAGGUUGCUUCAUUCCGCCGGCUGUUGUAUUACAUCCGCCAGAGCAAGGCGAUAUUAUGACAAAAGAGAUAUUUGGUGCAAUCUCUUGCGUGAGCACUUUUACAAAUGAGGAAGAUGUAUUAGACAGAGCAAAUGACACGGAGUACGGGCUAUAUGCAAGUGUUUUUACGCGUGACUUGAACAGAGCGAUUAGGAUCGCAAAGGGAUUUGAGGCGGGUGCAGUUGGCGUCAACACUGCUUCACCUUACUAUAGUCAAGACUUGCCACUUGGAGGUUAUAAAAGCUCCGGAAGUGGAAGAGAACUUGGUCAAGAAGGCCUUGAGUCCUGGACUGAAGUCAAGUCUGUGUAUAUUGAUCUGACAUGA